UACCAAGGUAAUUUUCUUGACUGCCUCUCCCAAUAGGGAAAAAGCCAUAAAGGCAGAACUGAAGAGGCAGCUUCAACUUGAAGCUAAGAGGAAACAAGGAGAAAAGGUACAGAAACCUCUCUCUGUAGCCACUUCUGCUAAGAAGGCAGAAAAGAAGAAGAAGAAGAAGAAGACUGAAGGGGAAGCACCUCUUGCCCCCCCUAAGGCCGGACAUAAGAGGAAGAGGACCUCCAAACCCAAGAAGAAGGUUGCUCAACCUCUGGUUUCAGAAUCUGAAGGAGUGGCAGACACUCAGGGGGAACCAGAGAUCCCCACCUCUGCUGCAUCUCCUGAACAGAACAGGGUGCCAACUCCACCAGAGCACCCCAGCCCUGUGAAAGAUGGGUAUCUGUCCUUGCUUGACAGACAGUUUACCCGGGUCCUUGAAUGGAGAAGAUGGAGAAUGGGACCC